UAGUAAGAGCAGGGAACCCCGUGCACCGUGCAGUGCCGGACACGGCCCCGCUCUGCAGACUGGAGCCAGGGGGUUGACGGCCCAUCCCGCUGAUUGACAGCUCCGGGGCUCCGCCCACUGCAUGUGAGCUCCUGUCAGUGCCCUCCCAGUCACGGAAGUCGGGACAGCAUGGCAGAGGCGAGCGGGGACAGAGAAGGUGCCGAUACCAAAGACUGCAUCUUGGAAUCUCUUUCAUUACCAGAAAGUCUCUUUGUGGACUCUGACCAAGGGGAGGAUGUUUCAGUGCCGUGCAUCUUUUGUGAAGAGUCUUACGAAAGGGAAGAGAAGGAUGGACUUCUGAAACACAUGAUUAUUGAGCAUAAGCUGGUCAUUGCUGAUGUCAAAUUAAUAGCAAAUUUCAGGAGGUAUAUUAUAUAUUGGAAGAAAAGAAUUACAGAGCAAGCAAUCACAGAUUUAUGUUCAGUAAUAAGAACCAAUUCAAAAGCACCAGAAGACCAGCAAGAAAACUACUUCCUGUUGUGUGAUGUUUUACCAGAAGACCGAAUUCUAAGGGAAGAACUCCAGCAAGAAAGACUGAAAAAUAUUUUGGAGCAGCAGCAGCGUGAGAGAUCAGACACACGUUUUCAGAGAUUGUGCAUGUUUUGCAAUGAGGAAUUAAAAGGAAACAGAUCGGUGUUGUUCAAUCACAUGAACGAGGAGCACUCAUUCAAUGUUGGUCUGCCAGAUAAUAUUGUGCAUUGUAAUGAGUUUCUGGACACAUUACAGAAGAAGUUGGACAGCCUGCAGUGCUUGUAUUGUGAAAAGACCUUUAGAGACAAAAAUACUCUAAAGGAUCACAUGAGGAAAAAGCAACACCGCAAGGUCAAUCCCAGGAACCAUGAAUAUGACCGCUUCUACAUAAUAAACUAUUUGGAAUUAGGCAAGACUUGGGAGGAAGUACAGUCUGAAGAUGAUCGGGAAUUAGCAGACACCAAUGACGAGGAUUGGUCUGACUGGGAAGAGCACCCUAUGUCUGCAUUUUGCCUGUUUUGUGAUACACAGGCGGACACCACGGAGAAACUUCUCUUGCACAUGAAGGAUUGUCACUACUUUGAUCUUCACAAAAUAAAAACAGACUUGGGACUGAAGUUUUAUCAGCAAGUCAAAUUAGUGAAUUUUAUUAGAAGGCAAAUCCAUCAGUGUCGAUGUCAUGGCUGUCAAGAGAAGUUUCAGUCAAAAACGGAAUUAAUAGCUCACAUGGAAAAAGACAAUCAUAUAGGCAUUCCUCCAGAGAGAUCAUUGUGGGAUCAACCUCAGUACUACUUUCCCACCUAUGAAAAUGAUACUCUCCUGUGCACUUUAUCUGACAGCGAGGAGGAGAUAACUGCUCAAAACCAGAAUGAAGACAUCCCAGUUAUUGGGGAAGAUCUCUCCAGCCUUGAAGCAUUAAAGAAAGGCAGCAUAUUAAACCAGCUUGUACGUGACAGUACCCCGAGGAACUAAAUACGGAAUACGAUGCUGAAUUCUCAUCUUACUGCUUUUAGGAUCUUGAUAGAAGAGGAACACAGUGUUACACAAUGGAACACGACGCAAUUUCAAGUGUUCUACUUCAUAUAGAUUUCUCUUUAUUCCAUUUUGCACUUACUCCUGUAUCACAAAGGCUCCAUGCCGUGUAGAUGUCAGCUGCUUGGGCACAUCACUGGGGAAUACAGUUACAUAGCUGUCAUAUUACAAGUCGCCUAAUUAAACAAAUGAAUUCCGUCGGCUCAA